AUGUGGAAGUGGGAUGAGAUAGGAGAGGUGCUUAGAGAUGGUACAGGGAGAGCGAGGGAAGGGGGGCAAAGGGAGGGGAGGGGAAAAGUAGGGGAAAGCGAUAGGGAAAGGUCAGCAAGCGAGGAGAGACAAGAGGGAAGUACAGAAGCACAGGGAAGGGAAGGUGCUGUGGGAGACUAUGGAAAGGAGAGGGGUGAGGGAAGGGCUAAGGGUAAGGAUAGAGGAAAUUUACAAGGAAACAAAGAGCCGAGUAAGGAGCGGGGGAAAGCUAGGAGAGGCGUUUUGGACAGCGAGGGGGGUAAGGCAGGGAUGUCCGCUCAGUCCGCUUGUGUUCAACCUGCUGCUGGCGGACUUAGAAGAGGAAAUGGGGAGAGGGAGAAGGGUUGGGGGGGUGGAGUUAGCCGGCGGCAGGGGGAGAAACUAUCAGCCGACGUGGAAGCAGCUAAUGUGUAUAAAGCAGAAUUUGCUGAAAUGGUGGCUACAAAAAAACUUGAAAGGUCCCAAGUUUUCAAUAUGGACGAGAGUGGGCUAGUUUAUAAAAGUACCCCCAAGAGGACAUUUGUUGCAGCCGAUCAGGCACAAGCUGCUGGUGGGAAAAAACAGUUGGAACGGGUUACUAUAGUCACGUGUUCUAAUGCCGAUGGCUCUUUCAUGUUGCCUCUAAUCUUGAUUGGAAAAUCAAAAAAUCCACGCUGUCUGAGGAACGUGAAUAAGGAUGAAUUGCUAGUUUGGUACCGCAGUCAGACAAACGCGUGGAUAAAUAAAGAGAUUUUUGAGGAAUGGUUCACAGAUGUUUUUGUUCCAAAAAUUGAAAGUUUUCUCAACUCCAAGAACUUACCAAAGACGGCAGUAGUUCUCGUCGACAAUUGUCGAUCUCAUCGAUGCGUAAAAAUUAACGACAUCGAAGUAAAUUUUUUUCCGCCAAAUGUCACCUCUCUGAUUCAGCCUAUGGACCAAGGCAUUAUCCAAACCGUCAAAUUACAUUACGAGAUUAACCUCGUAAAUGCAAUCGUUGAGGCUCAAAAUGAAAACAUGACGCUGAUCGAGUUUUUGAAGACAAUUGACGUGCACAAAGUGAUUUUCUGGAUUGCUGAUGCAUGGAAAAAGGUCAAACCCACAACGAUGCAGAAAUGCUGGAAAAACUUAUGGCCCAAGAAAAAUCAGAGAUGCGUCGACUCAAACGGACGAGGACUCUUUUAUUAUCGAUAA